AUGAACCAAAGGGGAAACAAGAAUUCACAUAACCAAUGGUCGUUGUAUAUAUCUAAACUUAAAAAAUGUAAAAAGCGCCAAAAAGAAUAUUGUCCAAUAUGCCAGAAGAAGAUUUUAAUACUUCACUAUAACAAGCAUGUAGAACAAUGUUCAAGAAUUUCCGAAUUACGGGCCAAGAUGUAUAACGAAGACGUGGUAAAUAUGAAUAGAAGUGAUGAAUGUGCAAUAUGUCUGGACAGUAUGGAAUGUGGACAGAGGAUAGCUCGACUAAAGUGCUUAUGUGUAUACCAUAAGGCUUGCAUAGACUUAUGGUUAAACAAGAAUAUAUGGUGCCCGAAUCAUCCACCUCUAUAA